UAUUUGUAGCUCCGCGGCCUGCUGUAGGAUCCUACCUCCGAUAUCAGAUCGGAUGAUGUGAGAACGCUCUUAUUGUGUUAACCAUAAAAAAAUCUUAUCACAUUUGACGUUUUAUAGAUUUUCGACAGCUAAAUCAUAAAUGGAACGCCAUUUUUACCUAAACUUCAGGUCUGAAGAUGCAACUAAUAUGUGGUUUCGAGUGUUUCAAGUUAUGUUUGAUAUCAAUAAUUUGUAUAAGUUGCGUGGCAGAUUCAUCGCCCGACUCCAUUUCCGGUUCAGAUGAGGGAAACAUUGUUAGACUUGUUGCUGAUGAAUCGAUGAAUGCAAAUGAAAUAGAUGAUCCUGUACAAGAUGAUGAUCAAGGCGAAAAUAAACCGAUUGAUGAUGAAAACGAAAAUAAUUUACUAGGUAAUAUUCAAGACACCAAUGAACAAAUGGAUGGAGUUAAUGCACAAGGUGAUGAUCCAGUGGCCACUGACCCAAUUGAUGAAGACGAAAGAGAAAUGGAGGGACACGAUGACGCGCGAGGUGAAGGCAAAGAAUCACUUAACACGGGCGUGCAUGAUAAUGGUGUACAACUUGGGAAAAAGGCUGAUAUGUCUGAAAAUAAAGAUAUAUAUGAUUUAACGAAUGACAAUCGACCUACGCGACUUGAUAAAACAUAUGUCAUACCAGCUUUCAAAUUAAGCCCGGCUGAAAUAGAACAGUUUAAAAUAUGGCCUGAAGCUAAAGUCCCGUACUUCAUCGACGAGUUUUCUUAUGACAAAGUUCUUCGAGAUAAAAUCCGCGGCUACCUGGACUAUGCACAACGUCGUACUAAUAUAGAUUUCUACGAGCUCACUGAACCGCCCACCGACGAAAAUGAAAGAUGGGUAUUUUUCGUCAAUCGAAAAGGACAAUUAGACUGCAAGGACUAUUCCACUAAAUCCUUCACAAAUAAAGGAGUCCAGAAAGUGACGGUUGGCUAUGAUUGCCUCAGACACGGUGGGCCGAUGGCGGCAAUCGUUUUGGCGUUAUUGGGUGUACCGCCUCAACACAACUCGCCGAAUUGUCGUCAAUUUAUCACCAUUUACGGGAGCAAUAUUUUGCCAGAAAAGUUUGGUUUAUUCAAGCUGUUAGAAAAUGACGAGUGGCUGUUCCAUGAUUUUCAUUAUGACUAUAAUAGUGCAGGCCACUACCCGGCACAUAAAUACACAGGAAAUGGAGACAGAACUAUAUUUAUUAGGAGUGAUAAAUACAAGACAGUAAGUAUAUUAUUAGGUGACUAAGAUUUUUUUUUGGCAAAAAUUACAUUUUUGGUUCAGGCUUUUAUCACUAACUGUACUCUUCUUUCCACAGGCAACAGGCAACUACUUACUCAUAAUACUCAUCGAGACAAUUCUAAAAACUUCAAACACAAUUAGGUUGCGUUGUUUUAUCACAGAGUUCCUAUGGCCACCUCCUGUCUCCAUCAUCAGAUCAGCUCGAUGGUACCAUAAUAUUGCAUUGUCAUCCGACUUACAUAUGUAUGCAAAAGUUCAGCUCAGUUGGAAACCGCAAAGUGGGUGAAGUUUAACUUGCAAGAUAUCAUUACAGACGCAUAGACAACGGGACAGGUGACUCUAAAUAAAAGCUUGUAAAAAGGUACUUGUGCAUGAUCGCUAAACUAUAUGUUUCCUUAAAAAAUUAAAGUUAUAAAACUUCUUAAUGCCUAAAAAUUCCACAACUGAAUGUUUAUUAGAAAACUAGCGACUCGCCCCGGCUUCAUACAGGUCACAUAAAAGCUUAAUAAAUUACUUUCUUCAAGAACCACUCUAUUGAUAGCUGGAAACCGCAUGAAAAUCCGUUCAUUAGUUUUUGAGUUUAUCGCGAACAUAGAUACAAAGAGACAGACGCGGCGGGGGACUUUGUUUUAUAAAAUGUAGCGAUUAACUUGGAACUGAUGUGAUGUAGGUACUUGUACCUACAAAUUAUAUUCAGGAUCUGCCAAUUUGGCCGCAACAUGCAAAGUUACACGAUUUAGGCUAUGUUCCUGACAACCAUUAACUCGUACAGUGGUUAAGGGGAAAUUUAUGAGUUUAUAAAUUUCCCCUUAACCACUGUACGUGUUUACGUCCCAGCCACUUCGUUAAGAGUAUAGGGAAUCAUCUAAACACAUAGAAAAAAGUUGCAUCUCGCGAUUGAGGAUUUAUCAAAUUACAGAUUAAAAGCUACCAAAAUAAAAAAUCAUACAUGCUUAAAAGGGAUAACAGACAUUUGCUUCUUUAUCCGCCUACAAAUUGGAGUCUUUAUGGUAUAUUUUUCUGAGCCACUUCAUGUGUUAUCGCAAAUAACCUAGCCUGGUCGGUCAGUAGAUCCUUUAAAAAAAACAUUACUUACAAAGCUGCUGAUUUAAAAUAACGCUUUUUUUUUACAGGGAUAUGUAAGUAUUCGUUUUUAGACACUUUAUUUAGUUAUAAGUUAUAUUUAUUAUAUUACGUAUAUUAAAGUGCUUAUGUUUCCUUAAUACCCAUAUUAACAAGUUUGAUAAUCUGACAUGCACGUAAUCUCUUGUGUUUACUCAUUACAGCGUUUCCGAUCUUUUUUUGACAACAUUAUUAACACUGAAGAACCAAAAGAUUACAGUCCCGGUGAUAUAGACAAAAUAGCAUCGCUUUAUAAUCACAUUAUAUUCAGCAAAGCUAAAAAGGGCCUCAAACUUGAAGACUGCAAAGCUCUAUUUCGACCAGGGCCCGGCUUCGGAAAUACUAAAUUGACACAGUUAAAAGAAAUACCUGAAAGACCAAAACCAAAACAGUAUCUCACUGCGGCUAAAAAGUUAUACGCAUAUAGGGACAUAUAUGGCGAAGCACUUAGUUCACUAGAAGAUAAAUAAGUGGAUUUGCAGGAGUGUAUACCUAGUAUAUAAAAGAAACCAAAAUAAUAAACGCUUAAAACAGAAAACAA